AUGGAGUCCGCGAUAGAAUUGAGGAGUAGAAAAGGCACGUCAGCGCGAAAACGCAGCUAUUACUCCGAACUCGUUAGCACCAACCAUGCCCCCGAUGGAGCUUGCGCCGAUCAGCCGCUCACGAGGGCACCAAAGUUAAAAAUAGCCCCGCGCGAAGUCAUGUCGUCGUGGCGUGCUUUCCGCGUCAACAAACCAUCAUCGUCCGGGCCGAUGCUUCGCGACAAUUCGCCGGGAAAUACCAGCUGCGGCGCGUCUGCUGACGUGGCAGCCAACGAGCCCUGGGUGACCUUGGGCCAGGAGCCGUCUAUCGUGUUCGCGAGGGAAAGUUUCGCUCCGAAAGUGCAGAUGCCGGUCGAGGCGGAGCCACGACAUUUGGUGCGCAACGUCGAAACGGAGCGAAGGCGUAGGCUUUACCGGAGCUUCGAACUCGAGGUGCUCUUCCGCGAGGCAGGAAUUGAGCCGCCGAGCGUCGUUUCGGCCCAUCACUACCUGCCACUCGAACUGUUCGACGACAAGGAGUACGAUUGCAGGACGCCUGCCGAGUGGCUCGAUCUGGGAUUAGUCAGGGGCAAGCGGUACCCCACACCGGCCGAAGCAUUAGUCCCCGAAGAGGUGACGGGCGAAGCUCGAUGGCAGCCCGUCGCGGUCACUCAACACGACGCAAUUACCAAUCUCUACCAGCUCCUCACCUUGGACGGUACGCGCCGUAUAUUCCACUUGCCCCGGGUCUUUGUGCGCUUUUACGCCGAGGAUCCUCGAGUCUUCGUCAAAAGGGUCGUCGCUGCCCUGCAGAUGAGGAUCGAAGCCGAAAACGGCUUGAGACACAGCCUCGAGCUCGACUGUAUGCCGUACGAUGGUAUCGAAGCACUGAGCGACGAGCAAAAGUCGAAGAUCCAGCUCUCGGCUGUGCGGCAGGACUCGCCUUUCAAGCCCGACUCGAUCUCGGCGGUGAUGCGGGAGAUCGAGAGGAACUACCAGCGGGUGAUGUGCGACCUUGAGUGCUCGAGUUCGAUCCGAUGCCGUCGUCCCGAUUCGUGGAGUCAAAUGGGCAGGACAAAUGUCGAUCCACAGUCACCCGGACCACCUAGUCCGAAAAAACGCGAACCAUCGAGAAUGAAAAACUUUUCGGGUAUCAGAGACUACGUGAAAUGGAAGACCCUGUACGUGCACGUGGAGGUCUACGAGGCCAUGGCCUCGAUCGUAAACGCAUGCGACCAGGCUGCCAAUGUCACGUUGUUCCCGACAGAGCGUGGCAAACCGGUGCCGAUCGAGGAAUUCAACGAGCUUCAGUUCUGCGGGACCAAUGCGGCGAUAAGCUGGCUGAGGAAGCGGUGGCUCGAGAUCAUGGAGCGGAGCACGAGAAUGCACCUGCGGGACAUGGGCAAGGGCCACUAUGACCUCGAUCUCGGCCAGCACGACGUGUACGAGGGCACGAAGCUCUGCCGAUUUUUCGAGCUCACCAGGCUACGCAUGCAGACCUCCUUGCGGACCCUGAUCGAGAGCUCCUCCCUGGCGUACCUGGUCUACCUGGAGACGCCGACCCUCGGAGUUGUGGACCAGAAGCUCGACGGGAGCUUCUCGUGGCCCAAGGACCUCAAGAGCGAGCGAUUUUUCCACGAGGCGCCCAUCUUUCUCCUCGAAAUCGAGCUUGGCGAGAGCAGCGCUUUCUACACGACCGACCCCCGCGUGUUCCAAGAAAUGCUGGUCUCCCUGUACACCCAAGCGCUAAUGGACUGCCAGAAAAUCGGCCAGGUUCACCCCCGACUCCUCGAGAACUUGAAGUUCCCGAGGAACCUGUGGAUCGAGUCCGUCGACUUGGAAGAGCCUCUGCCCACCGAGGUCCGUAAACGCGUCCGGGAAGCUUACCAGGCCUCCGUCGUCCCUCUGCAAGCGUACGUAAAGAUGUACGAUCGGUACUGUCCGCUAUUCACUCUCGAUCCCGCCAAAUACGCCGAGGACUUUGUGAGCUCGGAGCACCCGCCGUCCGAGCUGAGGGAGGAGAUCUUGUCACAGCAAUCGCUAAAGAGGUCCCUGGAGGCAGAAAUCCCGGAGAGCCUGGUCAUCGGCGCCUUCGAGGUCAGCGUGUACAAGCUGAAGAACCUUCUGACGGACAAGCGGCAGCAGAUGGUCGAUUGCUUGCUCGGCAGCCACGCGAGCCGCCUGAGGACACUGACCGAGGACAUACUGGUUGGCUUGAGAGCCGUGUACACGAAGCUCGCCGUCGAGCCGGCCGACAUCGAGCAGCUGCAAGAGACGCGCGAGUGGAUGGAGAGCCUGAACGUGGUGGUUGCCGAGUACAUGGACGGCAUGCAGAGGCUCAAGCCCGAGUACGACCUCCUUGACGCGUUCUGCUGGAGUUUGCCGGACGAGGACACCCAGUCGAAGUUCGAGGCCGCCCGGCUGCCCUCGCUCAUUCAGCAUCGGGAGCUGGAGACGCAGGAGACUCUGGCCUUCCUUCAAAAAGACACCUUCUACAAGCUCCAGUUGGAGGACGAGAGUGCAACCGCCGAGAAAAUCGACGGCCUGAUCGGCAGCGUGUCGAACGUCAUGAUGCAAAAGGACGUCGGUAAAGUCCAAGAAAUCGCGGUCGAGGUCAAGAAGCUGUGGGCGUCGAUGAAAGAGACCGAGGACUUUGGUUUCGUGCUCAAUUCCCGGCAAAAGCUGUUUGGCGUGCCCGUGCGGCCCUUCCGGAAUCUGACCAAGUUGAUCAAGAACUUUGAGCCGUACAAGAGCUUCUGGAUAACCAGCGCUGAGUGGUUCAAGUGGUACGACGUAUGGAUGUACGAGCCUCUGAUGGGUAUAGAGAAUGGACAGAUAGAGGCUAUCGUCAACGAGUGGCACAAAACCAUAUCGCGGUGCGUCAAGCUCUUCCAGGACAUCCAAGACCUGUCGGCGUUGGCUAACGACGUGAAGGAACAGAUAGAUAAUUUCAAGCCAUACGUCGGGGUAAUCCAAGCACUCCGCAACCCCGGCAUGAAAACUCGACACCUGGAACAAAUCAGCAACAAAGUCGGUAUGAACGCAUCAGAGAUGUCCGAGCUGACCUUUGCGGACCUACUGUCACUGGAUAUCAUGCGCUUCGAGGAGGACAUAAAGGAUAUUUCGGAGGGUGCCGCCAAAGAGUAUGCCAUCGAAGAGACCCUGAACAAGAUGAUAGCCGACUGGGCCACGCUAAAGGUCGAGGUUGCGCCCUACAAAGAAACCGGGAUGUACAUUGUAAGGGUCUCCGAUGAGCUGCAGAUUCUCCUGGACGACCACAUCUUGAACACCCAGCAACUAAGUUUCAGUCAGUUCAAAGGCGCGUUGGAGGGCGAGAUCGACGACUGGUACUCGAAGUUGUGCCUCACCAGAGAAGUCAUCGUCGAGUGGCUCGAAGUCCAAAAGCUCUGGAUGUACCUCGAGCCGAUUUUCUCGUCGGAGGACAUAAGUCGCCAGCUGCCGACCGAGGCGAAAAAGUACAACUCGAUGGAGCGCAAUUGGCGGCGCAUAACGAAGCAAGCCCUCGACAACCCCACGAUAAUGCAGCUGUGCCCGGACAGGACUCUGCUGGAGAGCCUGCGCGAGUGCAUGAGCCUCCUUGAGACGGUGCAGAAGGGCCUGUCGGACUUCCUCGAAAGCCGAAGGCUGAUAUUCCCCCGGUUCUUCUUCCUGAGCGACGACGAGCUGCUGUCGAUGCUGGCCGAGGCCAAGUCGCCGCGCGCCGUGCAGCCGCACCUGAAGAAGUGCUUCGAGAACAUAAAGGAGGUGCGCUUCGCGGAGACGGAGGCAGCGCGGAUAACGCACAUGUGCUCGGCCGAGGGCGAGGAGGUGGCCCUGGAGCCAAGUCCCCUCGAGCCUCGGGCUGCGGUCGAGUACUGGCUGGGCGAGCUGGAGGACGCGAUGAGGGAGACGCUGCGCUGCUGCGCCGAGAGGGCGCUCCACAGCGUGGAGAAACUGCCGCGCCGCCGGUGGAUCUUCCGCUGGCCGGGACAGGUGGCCCUUUGCAUCGGCCAGGCCUCCUGGACCAGCCACGUCGAGCGGGCCAUCGCGACCUCGAGUCUACCCAACUACUUUAGAGUCUCCAUCAGCCAACUCGACGAGCUGCGCGAGCUGGUGCGCCAGCCCCGGACCGAUGUGGAGCGGCUCAUGCUCGAGGCCAUCAUAACGAUCGAGGUGCACGCCAGGGACGUGCUGCAGCGGCUCAUCGACGACGCGGUGCGCGACGUCAACGACUUCAACUGGAUAUCCCAGUUGCGCUACUACUGGGUCAUCUCGCCCGAGCAGUCUAUCGGUGAUCUCAAGAUCCGCGCUGUCAACGCCGAGUUCCCUUACGGAUACGAGUACCUUGGAAAUAACGGCCGGUUGGUCAUAACACCGCUGACGGAUCGUUGUUAUUUGACGCUCACGGGGGCGCUGCACCUGAAAUUCGGAGGGGCGCCCGCGGGACCAGCUGGCACCGGAAAGACCGAGACCACCAAGGAUCUCGCCAAGGCCCUUGCCAUUCAGUGCGUCGUCUUCAACUGCUCCGAUCAGCUCGACUAUAUGUCGAUGGGCAAGUUUUUCAAGGGACUGGCCAGCUCCGGGGCGUGGGCCUGUUUCGACGAGUUUAAUCGGAUAGACGUAGAAGUUCUGUCUGUGAUCGCCCAGCAGGUAAUGACGAUCCAGAAGGCCCAACAGCUCAACGCAGAAAGGUUCAUCUUCGAGGGAGUCGAGUUGAGGCUCAGGAUGUCGUGCGCGGUGUUCAUCACCAUGAAUCCUGGCUACGCCGGUCGCACCGAGCUGCCCGACAACUUGAAGGCCCUUUUUCGACCCGUUGCCAUGAUGGUGCCAUUGGUGCAUUUGAUAGCGGAGAUAUCCCUGUUCUCGUGCGGUUUUGGCCAAGCCAAGGCUCUUGCGACGAAAAUCACGGCGACUUUCAAGCUGAGCUCCGAGCAGCUCAGUUCUCAAGACCACUACGAUUUCGGCAUGCGAUCGGUUAAAACGGUCAUAGCUGUCGCUGGAAACUUGAAACGCGAGCAAAAGGACAUGGGCGAGCAGCAGAUUUGCUUGAAGGCGCUCAGAGACGUGAACGUCCCGAAGUUUUUGAGAGACGAUUUGAUCCUCUUCAACGGAAUCAUUUCCGAUUUGUUUCCCCAAGUUGAAGAGAAACAGAUGGAUUACGCGACGCUCGUCGAGGGUAUUCGGAAAUCGAUCAGGAAAAGGGGAUUGGCAGAAGUACCAACGUUUAUCCAAAAAGUGAUUCAACUUUACGAAACCACGAUAGUCCGUCACGGAUUGAUGCUCGUCGGUGCAACGGGCUCUGGAAAAACCAAGUGCUACCAGGUGCUGCAGGGUGCCUUCGAGUUGCUCAAGGGCAGGGACCAGCCGAGCGGCAAGCCCUUUACCCCGGCAAUCGUCCACACCGUCAAUCCAAAGUCGAUAACGAUGGGCCAGCUCUACGGCGAGUUCGAUCUCAACACUCACGAGUGGUGGAGCACGAUUUUUGGGACGAUACUGUCGUCCUGGUUGGCGAGGGGAGCUUCGCUGGGUGAGUUCGUCAAACCCAUCAUGACAACGAGUUUGCGCAUCUUUUCCACCCUGUGCAAGGAGCUCCUACCCACGCCGGACAAGUGCCACUACACUUUCAACGUCCGGGAUCUCGGUAAAGUCUUCCAAGGAAUGCUCAUGGCCGAGCCCAGUCAGAUUCACGUGCUGGAUGACCUACUUUUACUGUGGUACCACGAGAAUUGUCGAGUCUUCAGGGAUCGGCUGGUCAACGUAGCCGACAGGCAAUGGUUCGAUCGAUUGGUGCGCAAGACCAUGAUGGAAGUGCUCGACUACGACGUUCGCCAGUCGUUGCUCGAUGAUGCGCUGUUUUACGGAAACUUUUGCAACCCCGACAAUCAAUACGAGCGCAUACGCAACGCUAAAAACAUGGAGAACACGAUGUUGGAACUGUUGGAGGAUUACAACAGCUCGACGACGGUGCCGAUAAACCUCGUCCUGUUCGAAGACGCCAUGAGCCACGUGUGUCGGAUAACGAGAAUUUUGAACCAAUCACCGGGAAAUGCUCUUCUCCUCGGCAUGGGUGGAUCAGGCCGUCAGAGCUUGACGAAACUGUCGUCCCACAUCGCCGAGUACAGCUGCUUCCAAAUAGAAUUGACGAAAGCUUAUUCGAUGCGCGAUUGGAGGGACGACGUGAAAAGCCUGUUGCUCAAGACGGGAGUCCAUGACAGAUCCUCGGUGUUUCUGUUCUCCGACGUGCAGAUUAAGUACGACGCGUUCUUGGAGGACAUAAACAACAUACUGAGCAGCGGGGACGUGCCCAACAUCUAUCAAUCGGACGAGAUCAAUCAGAUUUUCCAGGCGACGCGAAACAUUGUCCAGGAGUCGGGACUGCCAGUCAAUAGGAGCAACUUACUGGCUGCUUAUCGGAAAAUUGUUCGGAACAAUUUGCACGCGGUCAUCACCAUGUGCCCGAUCGGAGAGCUGUUUCGUUCGCGAAUCCGUCAGUUUCCGGCUCUGGUCAACAUGUGCACCAUAGACUGGUUCGACCCUUGGCCAGACAGUGCUCUCCGGAGCGUUGCCUUUCAUUUCCUGAGCAACACCGGGGACGAGGCUAUCACGGGAAACGUGCUCAAGUCGAUCGUCGACACCUGUCAGUUUAUGCAUUCCAGUGUCAUCCGAGCUAGCGAAGACUUUUUACAAGAACUCAAUCGUCACAACUACGUGACGCCCACGUCUUACCUGGAACUUUUGUCGAGCUACGGCGACCUGUUGGACAAGAAAAAGAGAGAACUCCACGCCGGGAUCAAUCGCCUGUCCGUGGGAUUGGAAAAACUCGCGUCGACGGAGAUCGAAGUGAAGGAGAUGCAAAUAACACUGGAGAAAAUGCAGCCGGAACUCGUGAGAGCGGCCAAAAUGUCCGCCAAGAUGAUCGAGGAAAUCGGCCGAGACACCACAAUCGCCGAGGAGGCGCGAGCUCAGGCCGCGGAGCAGGAAAAGGAGGCUCUGAAGCUGAAAAAAGCCAACCAGAUAAUCAGAGACGACGCCGAGGCCGAUCUCAACACGGUGCGGCCGAUGUUGCUGGAAGCGGAGAACAGUCUAAAGGCCCUCAACAAGGGCGACAUAACGGAAGUGAAGGCGAUGAAGCGACCGCCCCCUGGAGUCGUGCUCGUCAUCGAGGCCAUGUGCAUCGUCAAGGGAGUCAAGCCCCUCAAGAUCGCCGGAGAGAGGCCAGGCGAGAAGCUCAACGACUACUGGACCCCCGGGAGUCUGAUGCUCGCCGACGCCGGUCAGUUCCUGACGUCCCUCGCCAAUUACGACAAAGAAGCCAUCACCGAGGACAUAAUCCUCAAGCUCAAGCCUUACGUGGCAAACCCGGGCUUUCACCCGAAAAAGAUAAUGAAGGUGUCGAAGGCGUGUCACUCGCUGUGCAUGUGGCUCCACGCCAUGUACAACUACUACUUCGUGAACGAGAGGGUCAAGCCAAAGAUGGCGGCGCUCGAGCAGGCCCAGUCGGUGCUGGUGUCGACCGAGGCGGCUCUCGCCGAGGCCAUGGCCAAGCUCGAGGCCGUCCAGGCAGGCCUCGACAAGCUGCAGCAGAAGUUCCAGCGCGAGGAGGAGCGCAAGAGGGAGCUCGAGGCCCAGAAGCAGCUCUGCCAGGAUCGCAUGAGCCGGGCGGUGAGACUCGUCUCGGGUUUGGCCGACGAGAGCAAGCGCUGGCUUGCCUCGGUGGCCAAGGACAAGGUGACCCUGGGCAAGCUCGUCGGGGACGUUUUGCUCUGCGCUGGGGCGAUAGCCUACCUGACGCCUUUCGUCGACUCGUACCGGAAGAGACUGCUCACCUCGUGGCAGCAGAUGUUGCUAGCCGGUGUCCCGCACACGCCUGGCCGUGAGCCCGUGACGCUGCUGGGUGAUCCCGUGGAGAUUCGCAUGUGGCACUUGGACGGCCUGCCCCGGGACGCGCUCUCGGUCGAGAACGCGGUGUUGGUCGCCAACUCGAGGCGCUGGCCGCUCCUCGUAGAUCCGCAGGGCCAGGCCCACCGUUGGCUCCGCAACUUGGGCGGCAGAUCAGCGGGGGGCUUGUCGACGGUGCGGAUGUCGGACAGAGACCUGCUGCGCGUGGUCGAGAGCUGCGUGAGGUUCGGGCGCACCUGCCUGAUCGAGAACGUCGGCCUGGAGCUCGAGCCCGCCCUCGACACGGUCCUCAUGCGCUCCCUGUUCCGGCAGGCCGGCCAACUGAGCGUCAAAAUCGGCGACAACGUCGUGCCCUACAACGAGGACUUUCGGCUCUACCUUGUCACGAAGCUGCCGAACCCCCACUACGCUCCCGAGGUGGCGGUCAAGGUGCUCAUAGUCAACUUCAGCCUCACUGCGAGCGGUCUGUCGGACCAGAUGCUGUCGCUGGUGAUAAUGCACGAGAGGCCGGACCUCGAAGAGACUCGGAGCUCGCUACUCGUCGCCAGCGCGCAAAUGAAGCAGGAGCUCCAGCAGAUCGAGGACCGCAUACUCCUCAGGUUGUCCCUCUCGGAGGGCUCGGCAGUUGACGACAUCGACCUCAUAGACACCCUCGAGGCCUCCAAGAUCAAGAGCGAGGAGAUCAAGCUGAAAGUCGUGUCGGCAGAGACGGCCCAGGAGAGCAUCGACGCGGCCAGGUCGCUUUAUGUGCCGGUCGCCGAGCGCGCUCAGGUCCUAUUUUUCUGUCUGCUCGACCUGCAGCUCAUCGACACCAUGUACCAGUACUCCCUCGAGUGGUUCAUUCGCAUAUUCACCAACAGCAUGCUCAACACCGAGAAAGACGACGACGUCGGCAAGCGCGUUCAGGGCGUCAAUGACUUUUUCACUUUUGCCCUGUACUGUAACGUCUGCCAGAGCUUGUUCGAGAGGCACAAGCUGCACUUUGCGUUUUUGCUUUGCGUCCGCAUACAGAUGAUGGGCGACCUGAUCGAUCGCAACGAGUGGAAGUUUUUGCUGUCGGGCGCGAUUUCCCCCCGGAAAGAGCCCAAUCCGGCCCCUGAGUGGUUGCCGGAGCGCUGCUGGGCCGAGAUACUGUCCCUGCAGGUGUUGCCAAAGUUUCAGAGCUUCGUUCCCUCCUUCAAGAAUCUCGUGGGAAAGUUCCAGCUCGUGUUCGAGGCUCAGCAGCCCGAGAAGACAAACCUGCCCGAGCCGUGGAACGGCAAAUUGGACGAUCUGGAGAAGCUCAUAGUCCUCAAGUGCCUGCGACCCGACAAAGUCGUCAACGCCGUGCAGAUCUACGUGUCCGUGCACUUGGGUGCUCCCUUCGUCGAGCCCCAAGCCUCGGGCUUGGACGCGAUGUUCAAGGAGACGAGUCCCACGACGCCCUUCAUCUUCGUGCUGUCGAGCGGCACCGAUCCCGCCUCCGAGCUCUACAAGUUCGCCGAGAAGCACAAGAUGGCCCGAAAACUGUACUCGAUAUCCCUGGGCCAGGGCCAGGGCCCGAGGGCCGAGCUCAUGCUCAAGCAGUCGAUCGACGUCGGCAACUGGAUCUUUUUCCAAAACUGCCACUUGGCGCCCAGUUGGAUGCCCACCUUGGAGAUUCUGGUGGAAAAAUUGCCGCCGAAUGACAUACACCGGGAUUUUCGUCUUUGGCUGACGUCGAUGCCCAGUACGGCCUUCCCCGUGAGUAUACUGCAAAACGGGUGCAAAUUAACCAUGGAGCCACCUCGAGGUGUCAAGGCAAACAUGAUGAGAACGUACUCGACCAAAGUGGUCGAGAUGCAGGAGUUUUUCGAGUCGGAGCACCCGAAAGUCGCGAACUUCAAGUCGCUCGUGUACUCCCUGAGCCUGUUCCACGCGGUCCUCCUCGAGCGGCGCAAGUACGGGCCCUUGGGCUUCAACAUCCCGUACGAAUUCACGGACGGCGACUUUGUCAUUUGCAUGUCGCAGCUGCACAUGUUCCUCUUGGAGUACGUGAUAGUGCCCUUCAAGGUCCUGACGUACACUGCCGGUCACAUAAACUACGGGGGCCGAAUAACCGACGAUUGGGACCGAAGGUGCGUGCUGACGAUCCUGUCCAUGUUCUACAACGAUCGAGUCCUCGUGCCCGGCCACCAGUUCGACCCCGAGGGUCUCUACUUUCAACCUCCGGGGGAAACGAGCCUGGCUGAGUACGUGGCCCUGAUCAAGCAGUUCCCCAUAAACGACGAUCCCGGGCUGUUCGGGUUGCACGCCAACGCCAACAUAAGCUACGCCCAGGCCGAGACGUACGCCUGUCUGACGAGCCUCGAGACACUCCAGCCGCGGGACAUCGCGGUCGCCGGCGCCACCGAAGGCGCGGACGAGGGCCUCACCAGGUUGGCACGCCGGAUCCUUGACGGGCUACCCGAGCUCUUCCACCUCCCCGAUAUUCAACGAAAGUACCCAGUUAUGUACGAAGAGUCGUUGAACAUGGUGCUCGCGCAAGAGGCGACGCGCUACAACGCCCUACUGAAAAUCAUGUCGAGCAGUCUGAAGGACCUCCUGCUGGCCAUCAAAGGCGUCGUGGUGAUGUCGGAGACGCUGGAGACCAUGGCCCUGGCCCUGAACAGCAACAAGGUCCCCGAGAACUGGCAGCGUCGGGCCUUCGCCUCGCUCAAACCGCUCGGUGCAUGGGUCGAGGAUCUCAAGAGGAGGACCGAGUUCAUAAGGCGUUGGCAGGAGGCUGGCAUACCCGCGGCCUUUUGGAUCUCGGGGUUUUACUUUCCCCAGGCCCUGCUCACGGGUACCCUGCAGAACUACGCUCGAAAGUACGGCCUGGCCAUUGAUACCAUUGAUUUUGCCUUCCAAGUACUGCCGGCGAAGCCUGACAGAGCACCUGAGAACGGGUGCGUGGUGUACGGCUUGUUUCUCGAGGGUUGUCGUUGGGACGGCAGCUACCUCGCGGAAUCCUUGCCAAGAGAACUAUUUACCGACAUGGCGCCGGUACUGUUUUUACCGGAAAUCGAUCACAAAGUCGCCGCGAGCGGGAUUUACGAGUGUCCCGUUUACAAAACGGUCAAGCGAGCUGGUACCCUCAGCACGACUGGCCACAGCACCAAUUUCAUCUUACCGAUGGAAAUACCGAGCAGGGAACCGCAGGCUCAUUGGAUAACGAGGGGCGUGGCUCUUAUUUGCUCGCUUGACUUUUAG